GACCUCAAGAAUAGUGCUACUUCUGCGGCUUGGUCUAUUAAGGAUUGAUCCUCUUCGAACGUUCUGUCGACUCCCAACUUCUUCAGUCCCCACCUCGUCACCAAUGAAGUCAAAGCGAGACGCGUCAAGGGAGCUGUAAUAUUCGUCCGGAACUUUACCGACCGGCUGGUUCUAAUUCUGGUCCUCGCACUCCCUGAGAAGGACUGAGAGCGUAUAAAUGGCUCAGGCUUGAUGGGCCAGUGUCCUCAAAGAUGUCUUCAACUGCAACAACCGAAACCCACUCAUCCAUUUUCCGUCUUGUCGGCAACAGCGUCAGUGGCAAGGGCGGUGCCCCAGAUGUCUCGUUCCAGUUCGCACCCAUCGAGGAGGCGCAAGUGUCCCGAGCAAUGAUCAAGCGCUACUUCGACAGCAUGUACGACAGAGCUGUUUCUGACGUCGUGAUCGUUGGGGCUGGCAGUGCAGGACUGUCCUGCGCAUACACUCUCGGCACUCAGCGCCCUGACCUUAAAAUCACCAUCAUCGAAGCCAAUGUCGCACCUGGGGGUGGAGCCUGGCUUGGCGGGCAGUUGAUGAGCGCCAUGGUCAUCCGAAAGCCGGCGGACAGCUUCCUGCGGGAGAUCGGAGUCCCGUUCGAGGAUGAAGGGUCGUUCGUCGUGGUGAAGCACGCCGCGCUGUUCACGGCGACGCUGCUCUCCAAAGUCCUCGCGCUCCCCAACGUCGUUCUUUUCAACGCCACGGCCGUCGAGGAUCUGAUGACCAGCACGGACUUCGAAGGCCAUGCGCGAGUGACCGGUGUCGUAACCAACUGGACACUAGUUGCCCUCAACCACGAUACUCAAUCAUGCAUGGACCCGGCCACGAUCACUGCGCCAGUUGUGGUCAGUACUACGGGCCACGACGGGCCGAUGGGCGCGUUUUCGGCGAAACGGCUCGUGAGCAUGGGUCUCAACAAAGAGCUCGGCAAUAUGCGCGGGCUUAACAUGAACGAGUCGGAACCGGCCAUAGUCAACGGAACUCGGCAAGUGAUCCCAGGCUUGAUCAUGGCUGGCAUGGAGCUGGCAGAACACGACGGCUCGAAUCGCAUGGGCCCCACAUUCGGUGGAAUGAUCGAGAGUGGCAGGAAAGCCGCAGCAGAGGCGCAGAGCAUCUUCGACAAGUCCGAGAUCGCAGGCGGCAAGGUGCUCGGAAUGAAAACCUCGUAAAACACACACACACCCGAAUUGCUUCUCGAAUCACGCUCGUAUUCCAGUACAACAAGUACACGAGUCAAGUACAGGUUACAGAAUAAUAUCAAUAUAUAACAGCACGAGAUGGCUUAU